UGUACAUCAAAAAUAUUCCUAGAAUAAUCUUGUAUAUAGCCUAUUUUUUUCUACAAAUGCCUUUCACUGUUUAGUUUUGGUGAAAAGUUAGUUUUUUCUACAUUAUUGUUUGUCGCUUUCGAUACUAAUUUAUAAACCUUUUUCAGGUCAUAACCUGCGUUAUCAACUUUGUUUUUAUGAUAGUAUGUUUUUUCUUUUUCAAUGAUUUUUCUUAAGUUAUUUCUAUAAUAUUUGAAGUUUGCUUGGCAAUUUUAUUAAAGUUUUGUCAACGUCAAAAAUACUAACCUAACUCGCCUUGACUGUCGUUUAAUUAUUUCCAAGGUAAAAACUGACUAAACAAUUAAAACUCAAUGAAAUGUCACGAAGCGCGUCCUUUUUAAAAUAUCCGAUGGAACAGUUUCGAAAUAUUUAGAAUUAUCUUCAUUGUUUUUGCCGAAAGAGACCAAUAAUUUUAGGAGAAUACUGACAGUCAAAGCAAGCAAGUAUACAAAUUCUAGAAAAUUAAAACUGCGGGGAUUUACAAUAAUAUAACCUAAAUAAUCUAAAUUGGGGCCAAAAUUGGGCUCUCAAACAAGAUGAACUACUUAAAAACCAAACACUAUAGAUAAAAAUAAUAAACCAAACGUAAGUAGUCCAGCAGCCAUGGCUGCCCCAACUCCAGUGUCUUCUCUUGUGCAUUCUUCUACCUUAGUCACAGCAGGAGUUUACCUUCUUAUUCGUUUAAGAGAUGGAUUUUCUCAAUCUUUAAUAAUAAUUUUACUUUACGGUUCAUUAUUAACUAUAUUUAUAGCAGGAGCGAAUUUUGAGUUUGAUUUAAAAAAAAAUAUUCCUUUAUCUUCGUUAGGUCAAUUAGGAAUCAUGAUUACUAUUUUAUGUGUUGGAAGAACCAAAUUAUCUAUUUUUAAUUUAUUAAUUCAUGCUUUAUUUAAGGCUCUUUUAUUUAUAUGUGCUGGAGCAAUUAUUCAUAAUUUAGGUAACCAUCAAGAUAUUCGGUUUAUAGGGGGUAUUUCAUAUUUUAUACCGUUAACUUGUGUUUGUAUAAAUAUUUCUAAUAUAACUUUAUGUGACCUUCAAUUGUUAUCGGGGUUUUAUUCUAAGGAUUUGAUUGCCGAAUUUUUAUCUGUAAGAUAUACUGGUGUUUUUGUUUAUACCUUAUUUUUUAUUUCCAUGGGUUUAACUGUUUCUUACUCAGUUCGGCUAUCUUAUUAUUUGUUUUGA